AUGACCAUCAACCCUACCUACCUCGCGCAACGGACGCGUUCUUCCGUCAACCUUACGGAUGCCAAGAACCGUGUCCUCAAGUCCUACCGAGAGUGGCUCCGCGCGUCCCCGGAGAUCCAAACUAUGUACUCCCUGAACAUGCCCGUGUCCGCCAUCCGCACAAAGAUCCGCCAGGAGUUCGAGAAGCACCGCUACGUCAGCCAACUCAGCGUCAUUGACGUCCUCCUGUUCCAGAGCCACGCCGAGUUCCAGGAGACUCUCAACUACUGGAAGCAGCUGUCCCACGUCAUGAAGUACUUCCGGCCCGAGGAAGACCCCGGUGCGCGCCUGCCCCGCAACUUCGUCUCUGGCUUCCUGGAGGGCCGCAACUGA